CGAAAAUUCCAUCAUUCGGUAAAGAGGUGCCCCAAACAGGAAGAGUCUUCACUACCUGCAACAUCACCUCCAGUAGAAGAGUUCAAAAGGGAGGGUAAUUAAACCCCUAACCCUAAGAACAAACUCUCUCUAUCGGAGAAGUACUUAUGUCACAGUUAAGCUCUCGUUCAAUUUAGCCUCUUCGAUUUCAAUUCCGAAGAAGUUAAUUGUUUUGGGUGUCCGAACAGUCUAUGGCGAGGCUUCUUCGGAACGCUUCCUUCUUCAGACGCUAUCUACAUAUUCCGGAGGGCUUUAGAAGAGGCAUAUUGGGGACAUCUUCUCAGUUUUGCGAAUUUUCUACAAGAGGUCGAAGGAAGUCUAAGUCAGAUGGAAGUGAUUCCAGUGAAGAUAAUAUGUCUAAGAAAGAUUUGGCACUACAACAAGCCCUAGACCAGAUUACAUCCUCAUUUGGAAAGGAGGCUAUCAUGUGGCUUGGUUCCUCUGUCCCUUUGAGGCAGGUCCCAGUGGUAUCCACAGGUUCUUUUGCUAUGGAUAUAGCACUGGGAAUUGGUGGACUUCCAAAGGGACGUGUUGUGGAGAUAUAUGGUCCAGAGGCUUCUGGGAAAACUACUCUUGCUCUACAUGUAAUUGCUGAAGCACAAAAGCAAGGAGGUUACUGUGUGUUUGUUGAUGCUGAGCAUGCUCUUGACCCAGCUCUGGCCCAGGCUAUUGGAGUAAAAACUGACAAGUUACUUCUCUCACAACCAGAUUGUGGUGAACAAGCUCUCAGUCUUGUGGACACCCUAAUUCGAAGCGGUUCUGUUGAUGUUGUUGUCGUUGACAGUGUAAGUAAGGUUGCAGCACUUGUGCCUAAAGGUGAACUCGAUGGUGAGAUGGGUGAUGCUCACAUGGCAAUGCAGGCUAGAUUGAUGAGCCAGGCACUUCGCAAGUUGAGUCACUCUUUGUCACUAUCACAGACUAUAUUGAUAUUUGUAAACCAGGUAAGAUCGAAGCUUUCUACUUUUGGAGGAUUUGGGGGGCCCACAGAAGUUACCUGUGGUGGUAAUGCCUUGAAGUUCUAUGCUUCAGUGCGCAUUAAUAUUAGGAGAAUAGGACUUGUCAAGAAGGGUGAAGAGACUGUAGGAAGCCAAGUUCUUGUGAAGAUUGUGAAGAACAAGCUUGCCCCUCCAUUUAAAACAGCCCAAUUUGAGCUAGAGUUCGGCAGGGGUAUAUGUCAGGAAGCAGAGAUUAUAGACUUAGGAGUGAAACACAAAAUUAUCUCAAAGGCUGCCUCAUAUUACAAUUUUAAUGGCCAGAAUUUCCAUGGGAAGGACUUGUUUAAGAAGUUUCUGUCUGAGAAUGAAAGUGUAAGGGAAGAACUUACUGCAAUGCUCAAGGAGAAGCUACAUUAUGCCAAAACAGAAGAGGAACAAAAAACACAGGCUACAAAUGGAGAUCUUACAGAAGAAAUUGUUUCACCUGAUUCUACUGAUGAGGAAGCAGUCACUGCUCUUGAAGCCUAAGUGUAAAUUUGACCUUGAACCACGGCUGGGGGGUUUUUCUCCUUACCCCCAGGUGGGCUUCGUCGAUCCCUGUGGUCAGCCAUUGCCUUAUCCCGUCAAUGGGUGGUAUGCUUUUUUUUUUGUGGGACACUGCUUGGUUUUACCAUUGGGAAGGCACAAGUUCGGAAUCACAUGCUACUCUUUCUUAUAGUCAUGUGCUAAGGUUUUCAAAUUGUGUUGUAAAUUAAAUGUGUUUGUAAUGCAAUAUAAUUUGGGUCAUGUGUACAAUGAAAGAUUUUUUGGUUCAGAAGCAGCAACUUGUAAGUAGGGCCAUUGUCCAAGUAGGGUAGUGUCAAUACAUUCUUAGCAGUGGCUUGUAUCAGAUAGGCUGUUCGUGCUUAGUGUGUA